GAUAUUACAGAAUGAUCAACUCUCGCGUAUGGCAUGAUGAAUAUGCAUAUUUACCUCCAUCCGCAGGCCUCGUCUCGGCCUGCAUACAUGCUGAAAUCAUCUAUAUUGGUUGCCAGGCUACUCUAUUUAUGCCAAGCUCUAAGCGCCAUAGGAGAUGGUUGGCUGGGUAUAACGGGCCGGGUUAGAUGGAGCUGCACUUCACAACGCAGAGCGUGGGUGUAUGCUGCAGCGGCGUAAGGCGUGUGUAAAGACAAAGGUUGGAGGAAUGACGACGAUAGGACAAGGCGUGGAGCGAGAGUAGUCCCACGACGAGAGAUUAAGACAAGACCCUAGAGGCAGCAUACCGUGCUGCAAAGAUUGAGCAAAUCUUACAAGCAUCUUACAUUAGAGAUUAUAGGUGGUGUGUCAAGGUUCCGAGAAUUUUUGAGAACAAAGGGGUGUUUUUACAGC